AUCACGCUGCACAGAUGAUUUUAAUCGUGCUGCUGUAAUGAACAUUAAUGUUUCUCUUGAGCACCUGGCUGUGUUUACUCAGUGUAACCUUCAGUGUCCUUUGAGAGGUGAUGUAUUCCUCUGUGCAGCCAUGGAGUUGGUAAUGCUAUCAGGGGGUGUUCUGGUUGUCCCUGUCCUCGCCUUCAUCACCUCCUUCCUGUUCUGGCCAGGAGCACUUUUAAAGGUCUACAACUGGUACUGGCGUCAGAGGCUCGGGCUGGUGGUCCGAUACUCUCACAGCGGAAGUUAUCGCUUCUGUUAUUCCAGCAGAGGGAAGCCAGGGGGCGCCACGCCAUCUCUGCUGCUGCUGCAUGGCUUCUCCGCCACCAAGGACAUGUGGCUGCCUGUCGUCAAGUAUUUCCCCAAAAACCAGCAUGUGGUGUGUGUGGACAUGCCGGGUCAUGAGGGGACGAGUCGGACUGGCUUGGAGGACUACAGCAUCCAGGGCCAGGUCGGCAGAAUACACCAGUUUGUGCAGAGUAUCGGUCUGGAUAAAAGACCUUUCCACCUGAUCGGGACGUCGAUGGGAGGUAACGUCGCCGGGGUCUACGCUGCUCAUCACCCCGCUGACCUGUGCAGUGUCACCUUGAUCUGCCCGGCAGGUUUGGUUUAUCCCACAGAGACUGAGUUCAUCAGCCGCCUGAGAGAGCUGGAGAAGAGUGAGCAGGAGGAGUCGAUCCCUCUGAUCCCUUCGACUCCUCAGGAGCUCGACGACAUGCUGAGACUCUGCUGCUACACCCCCAUCAACCUCCCCCGGCCAGGUCCUGCGGGUCUUCUUCAAAACAGGAUCCCAAACAACGGUUUCUAUAAAGAAGUGUUCAUGGAGAUCGUUGGGGAGAAGUCUCGUCACUCACUGCAGGAAAACUUGCAUCUCAUCAAAACGCCGAUGCAGGUCAUCUGGGGGAAAGAGGACCAGGUGGUGGACGUGUCAGGGGCGUCGGUGCUGCAGGAAGCGCUGCCUCACUGUCAGGUGGAGCUGUUAGAAAGCUGUGGUCACUCUGUGGCAUUGGAGCGACCCAGGAAGGCCGCCAAUCUCAUCAUGAACUUCCUGUCUGCACAGGACGUCGACAAUGAAAACACAAAGAAAGUCUCUUGAAGUAAAACUUUGAACUUUAAUGUCGAUGACUGACCUCAAGAAGGACAAGGCGACGAUGAUGAAGGUUGUGAUGAAGAUGAAGACGAUGAGGAGAAUGAAGUUGAUUGUGAAUCGUUCUAUUUUCUAGUUUGAUAUGAGAGUUUUUUACGCCUGCAAGACAUUCUGUGAAAACUGAAAACUGAAAUGAAGGCACAGUGUGGAGCCGACUGUCAAAUAUUCCUGCAUUUUUUUCCACUCAGUAAAACACACAUAGACACACACACACACACACACACACACACUCACACACACACACACACACACACACACACACACACACACACACACACACAAACAGCCCUACACAGAAGGCUGUAGCCUCAUUUUUUAGAUGCUAAUGUUUUAUAAAAACAUUCCAACUUUUUUUUCAGAACAUGACUUUGAUCUUACAUUUCAUUUAUUUCAUAUUAAUUUGGUGUUUGUUUGUGAGUCACAUGUUGUGCUGCUGUGUACUGGUUAUAUAUUUAACUUUAGGAAAUUACAUUCUGAUUUAUUUAAAAUGUAUAGGGUUUUCCAUGAUUCCAGCACCAGGACACAGAAAUAAAUAUUUCCAAUUUGCUCAAAUGAU